CCAAUGAGAGCCGCGUGCGCCGAUUACGUGACUUCUCCCCACGUCAUAUCCCCGCGACGGUCUGUGCUAGCUGUGUCCAUGUGAACAGCCUCCUCUACCAAAGGUAUCGCUGUACUUUGACAGGUUGAAUGCGGGAUGCUGACGCCGACUGCUGAAUUGUGAGAAAACCCUCUUUCUCCUGCUCCACCUGUGGCCGCUGUCUUGUCCCUCAGACACAAUGGCCAGUCGCCUGUUGGGCAGAUAUGCCCGUGUGCUCUGCAGGGCCUCCUCUCAGGCUCCAGCUGCUACUGCCGUCACCGCCCGCCUGCCUCCGACUGUGGCUUCGCAUGCAGAGGUGCAGAGGGCUCAGGGAUGGCCCACUGUCACACAGAGGUUAAUGUGUGAGGGAAAGACUAUUACCAAGGAUGAUGCCUUUCAAACCACGCCUACAUUCACCAAGCUGGACGAGUUGAUAGAUAAGGCGGCUGUGCCAGAGGACAUCCUGCUGGCCUGGGUUGAGCAUGGAGGAAAUAGUAACCAAGCUGCUUACGCCGUGAUGAAGUGGACUGUGUUGGUGCUAAGGACGAAGGGUAAAAUUAAGGAUCUGACGGGGGAUUCAAGGCUAAUGGAUAUGAUGGAUACCAUGUCUCAGCAGGUGUCUGCGGUGUGGAACGGCAACCUGGUGUCUGCCUUGAAAGCUCUGUGGAUCAUGGACGUGCCCCCCACUGAUCCCGUCCUCAGCUCUGUACAGACGGAGGUCCUGUGGCGAGUGCGCAGGCUGACCUACAAGCAGCUGGCCUACCUGGCUGACUGGGGGGCAAAUAAGAAGGGACAGCAGGACAUAGCGGUAGUGAACGCUGCAUUAAAACAACUGGAACUGCGCUGGACCGAAAUCGCUGACAGCAAAACUGUCAGCGGGCUGAUCUCCAAAGGACAACGCAUGUCUCCUGCCUUGAGGGACAGACUAGAAGACAAGGCUUUGGAGCUGUCUGAGGGAUUUUCAACAGAAGAGAUCCGUAAGGUCUCUGUGGCUUUGGCAGCUCAGAGCCGCAGAAGUGUCCCUCUCCUCCGAGCUCUCUCCUACCAUCUGCUCCAGAAGCCGUCGUCAGAGUUCACCACUCCACUGAUAUUGAACAUGGCUUAUGCUUAUGGGAAGUUGAAUUUCCACCAUUCUCAGGUAUUUCAGCGAAUGGCCUCAGAGCUGCUGCCCCGAGUCCCGGAGCUCAACUCCAUCGAUGUCGUACGCUGCUCUAAAUCACUGGGCUUCCUCAAAUGGCUCCACAUCCCUCUGUUCGAGGCCUUCGCUGAUCACUACAUAGCAAACAGUCAGAAUUACAAUAUUCCUCAGCUGUGCAAUCUGCUCAUGACCUUUGCCAGACUCGGCUUCCAGCCCAGCAAAGGAGAAGAGUUCUUCAGCAAGGUCCACUCUGAGCUGGAGGAGUCUCUCUCUGGCCUGGAGCCCUUCCUGCAGACAGAUGUGGUUUGGUCUCUGUGUGUGUUACAGCAGGCCAAGCCUCACUACCUCCUCCCUCUCACACAACAACAACACCGUACCAAACUGUUAGAGGGCAGUGAUUCUCGAGUAGAGAGCUAUCGGCUGAAACUCCUCCACAUUGCAGCUACUCUCCACUUAGAGCAUCCAGAUUCCUCAGACUCAGACUCUCCAGCGCCCCCGUCUGCCUCGUCUGUCCCGGCCAACAUCUCCCCCGUGCAGAGCAGUCUGAGAGAGGCCUUACAGCGUUUGGUUGGUGAGAGGAUGGAGGCCCUUCGCACUGGGGUGGACACUGUGUAUGGAUGGACUAUCGAUGGUGAGCUGGUAGUGGAUUGUGACAACAAACCAGUUGACGUCCUCCCUCUGCCCAGUGGAGGGGGAGAUCAGGAUUUACCUGUAGGGGUACGACGGAUCGCUUUCAUGGCUUUGGAAUUUCCCAACUUUGGUUCAAAGAGCAAAGACCUUCUGGGCCGGUUUGUCAUGAUGAAGCGACAUCUUCAGUUGGCCGGCUACAUCACAGUGGAGGUCCCGUAUUACGAUUGGCUUGAGUUGAAGACUGACUGGCAGAAACUGGCGUACCUAAAGGAUAAAUUGGGGAAGGCUGUGGCCGAGGACAUGGCCAAGUGAACUGGGACAAAAUCCCGAUCAUAAUGUGCAAGCUCAGCUAAAUCAUCGCUUUCCCAAUCAAACAGGCCGGACCACAUGGAAUACACAACACACACACGCACACACACAUGCAGAGCACAGCAGCACUGCAGAAAUUGUCUCCCAUACUUGAGUCAGAAGAAAAAGAAAAUAAUAUUUUCACUCUGGUUCCCUUGGCAACGUGGGGGGCUUUCCCUGUUUCCAUGGUGAUGACGAGCAAGAAUUUUGGAGCCAAAGAGACAGAAAUAAACACAUUGUGUGGUAGAAAUGAUAUGAUCCAGGAGAAGAGCCAGGAGCACCAGGGUCAUUUGAAGAGUUUUGGCCAAAAUGUUAUUUAAUAUCAACAUGUGCAUAGAUUGGAAUAAUUUAACUAUCUUUGCGGACGUGUGUAAGUCUUCUGAUGAAGUAAUAAAUAGUUUUAAUGCUG